CCCUAUCCGUCCGUACCUGUUUCCACCCGUUGUGUUGUAUUGUUUCAAUCGCCGCUCUGUUUGAUUACCGUGUUACAUUGUAGUCAUUCAGCGGACCCGCCGAACUGACCGUCCCUCAGUGACCGAGUCUCAACAGUAAGCUAAAAACCCGUGCAGUACGGACGUUUACGUUGACGCGUACGGCAUACGCGGAUAUGCAUUAUAAUAGUGAUUAGUGGCGACGGGAUAGACGCAAACGAUUAAAGAGCGUAGGGGAUUUGACACGACCGUUCAACGAAAGUUAAACGUGCCUAGCAAUUGGAUUUAGCCCGCUGACGACGAAGCAGACACUUUUUGCUUUGUAAAAUUGAUCUUAGUAGACGAACAUAACAAUACUAUAUAGCAUGCGGAAUUUCUAACAACGAUGCCAGCUUAAUAGGAUAAGGGAAAUUGACAAACAUCGAGUAGCCAACCAGCGGGACUCGCCUGGCAGAGUGCUCCCGCACGACGCUCAAAUUGUGCUCAAGUGAACCCUUCGGGAUUUGUCGCUCGCGCAGCUGUGCGCGGAGUAGUCGUAGACUGCAUCGGAGUGCGUGCUCUUAUCAUUGUCACUACGAUUCUGAAUAGUACGUAAUCGCCAGAGGAAGACGACGGGUUUUGUACAGAUUAAUAUUACCGUUACUGCCACUAUUACGAUUAUUGUUGUUGUUGUUGUUGUUGUUGUUAUUGUUGUUGUUGUUGUUGUUGUUAUUGUUGUUGUUAUUGUUCUUGUUGUCGUCGUCAUCGUCGUCGCUGCUGUUGUGGUGCUCAGUGAGAACGAACUGUGUGUCUGUCUUCACGAACUCUGGAUUACCUACUUUUUUGGCGUCUACGACCCGCUAUAUGUCCCACUACAGCCAGAGUUACACCUGAAGUUAUCGUUCUACGUCGCAGUAUUUGCUUUCAAGAUCGUCGAUGUGUCGCACGUUUAGAAAUUUAUAUGAUAGAUAUUCUGUUGGCGAAAUGUCCAGUCAUGUGACAUCGUUUGUUUGAGGACAAUUUCCUACUAAGGUCAGAGUUUUCCUCUGGAAAGGAUAUACUACAACAGUAUAGUCGGGCUUCUAUCGACCUAUUGGAUAGCAUGCAACAGAGCUGCACACCUUAACAGGAAAAAAGGUGUGUAAUGCUCUUCACGCUGGCCAGGGGUAGCUGCGCCGUAAGUGCAAAGCCCGUAUGAUCUAUCGGUGCGGUGUUUGACUCGAGUCGGGACGGAAGUUGAGGCUGUAGUUGAAGAGGUGCCCGAGGACGGUCUUGAAGUCGGGUCUUCGAUGAGGAUGAUCUCGGACAGCGAGCCGACGACCGAGGUCGAUUCUCUGGGGGACGAGGCGCAUUCACCCGCCGGUUCGGGUGAUACCAUUACCACCACAACACACUCUGACCAGGAGACGAAUACCACAACGACUCCUAAGCCCUCGGCAGCAUCCUUAAACGCUCUGGCCACUCACCCCGGCUUUAAUAGUCUGUCCGCGUUGGCUAUGGCCAACUUUUAUCCUGACCCAGAGCAAAUCAGUCUCGCUCUCAAAAACGCAGAAUAUCAAGGAACCGAAGGCCUAAUGCGACUAGGUACAUUUGACGCUCGAAGAGGCGUUACGGGUCGCACUUCCCCUAACGAAUCCUGUGUCGUCUGCGGCGACCGUGCGUCAGGCAGACACUAUGGCGCCAUCAGUUGUGAGGGCUGCAAGGGUUUUUUCAAGCGCAGCAUCCGAAAACAGCUCGGUUAUGCGUGUCGAGGGGACCGUAACUGUGAAGUGACAAAACACCACCGAAAUCGCUGUCAAUACUGCCGAUUGCAGAAAUGUUUACAGAUGGGGAUGCGAGCUGAUGCCGUGCAGUCAGAACGGAAACCGGCAUCGGUUGGUUCGUCUUCAAUCGAAAAUAACUCCCGAUUCGAGAAAGCUACAGCAGCAGCUACCCCUACCGGCGGAACUCUCACACCGGGAGCCACUCCCACUCUUAACUUGUUCCCGUCCCUUGCAGCGCAACGAGCCGCGCUGGCCGCCGGCCUUCAUUCACUUGCUAAUGAUAAAGAUCUUCAUAGCGCUCUCAAAACCCCGCCGCUAAAUGACCUAACGACCCUCGCAAGUGUCGUGACCACGUGGGCGAACAUGCAGAAAGCUCAAGGAGAUGGAAAAGUUCAGGAUAACGCUUUGUCAAAGGUGGUAGAGACACUUCAAAACGCACAGAGAACGUCCCCUCCGGUUAAGGUCGAGCCUACAAUAAUAGCGGCACCAUUUCGAAGCGAAUUAGUUCGCGAGGACCAGCUUGAGUUUCGGUUAGCGCCACCAGCUGGUUCACUUAAUAACAACGGACCUUUACCGUUACUGACGGCCUCUGGAGACCUUAACGAAACGUUCGUGUGCGAAUCCGCCUCAAGAUUGCUCUUUCUAUCGAUUCAUUGGGCCAAAGGACUUGAGCCAUUCCAACAACUACACAGUGAGAUUCAGACAGUCCUUAUUCGCAACUGCUGGGCAGAGUUGUUCUGUCUUGGAUUGGCACAGUGCUCGAAACAAAUGUCGGUAACGGCGAUUUUAAAGGCCCAUGGCCGACAGCUGCAGCGGCGUCCGCACGAGGAUGCCCUCCGUAAUCGACAGGUUGAAAGUCAUUUGCAAAGACUGCGCACCUUCGUCGACACAGUGUGUGCGCUAGGUUUGUCCGACCUUGACAUGGCGCUACUGAAGGCAAUCGUGUUAUUCAGCCCUGACUGGCUAGUGUCCACCUCCAGCGACUCAAAAUGGAGAAGUCAGGUCGAAAGCUUUCAAGUGAAGGCCGUCAACGAACUAAAAAGGUCCAGCGCAAGUGAGGAGCGUGUGAAUCGACUUCUCCUUAAGUUACCACUACUUCGAUCGCUCGAUGCGGAGUUGACUGAAGAAUUAUUUUUUGCGGGGCUAAUCGGCAAGGUGCAGAUCGACUCCAUUAUCCCUUAUAUCCUUAAGAUGGACUCCCCUGACCAUCUGGGCGUCGCUUAUUAAGGGCGCUACUGCAACUUCGACCCAUAUUUCAUAAUGACGAGGGAUCUAUGAUCAUAUCUAAAUAUGCGCCACUGCGACGAGAGGAGCGUCGUGUUCUACAUCUUGUGGUCAUCUUCAAGCAACGGAAACGGGCCAACCAUUUAGAUUCGCUCUUUUGCCGUCGUGCAAAAGCCAUCUUUGAAAUCUGUGCAUCAGGCUAAGCUACCGUGCUGGCUCACAGCUAUGGAACGGAACAAAUAAUAUAGUGUGACUCACAUAAAUGAGAAUAGCACAUAAAGGUCUAUGAUACUGCGUCCUUUAAAGGAAUAAUACCUUCUAGCUCUGCUAUGUAAAAUAUGGCUCAUGUUUUGUCCAGCAUAGCAGUAUAUCGUUAAGUACCUCAUUUUCGAACGAAAAACAUGGCCAAUUUUUGCUGAUAUUAAACAUCACCCCUCAUUCCUCUGCUUGUUGGCAUCGUUGCCAAUAUGAAUGGCGGUCCAACUUGCUUGACAUCAUCGUCCGUCCAAUUUUGUGAUACUGUGACAUAUACACUCAACACAUAUAUGCGUACACAUACACAUACAUACAUACCUACCCCGACAGGCAGACAGAAGCAAAUGAGCGAAUGUACUUCGAUCGACCUUUCAUAAUGAAGAAUAGUGUAUUUUUUUGUUCUUCUUAGAGGAAACAUAGACCAUAUUGCACUGUCUAGGUGCCUUUGACGGCGAGCCAAAGUCGAAACAAACUGGCUGAAGCGCGGCCAUAAAGCAAACAGAAAACUAGACGUUGGAUGAGAUGUAUUGCAGAAAAACAAAAAACCUUAAUGCAGUAAAUUCAGUUUUACCAUAAUUCAACCAUAUCUUAUUGCACUUAUAGGCUCUCAUUCCGCUGUCAGUUUUCUUAAAUUCCUGACUUGACUCGCUCGUCACCACUCAUCUAAAGUAUGAAGUAUCAUAUAAGUUGGCGUAGAUUGAUUUUUGGUCACUAAGUUCAAAUGUGUAUUGUCCGAGAUAACCAUCAUCUUAAGCCUAUAUUUAUUAUUCGUUACGAGAUAUAUAUAUAUAUAUAUGAUGAUCGUGGAAAGGCGGAUUUGUAUAUAACUGGUAGCUAACGAGACACGAACGUCGCACCCUCAUACGAUACACACAGACACACGUAACAUAGCAGUAGAAAUUUUCAGUGUCCAACUGUAGCGUCCGUGAACUUCGCUGUAUAAAGUGAGACAAAUUCCAAUUUUGAAGCCUUUUAUUGCCCUUGUCUAGUUAGGACGCCCUUGUCUAUAGGACAGUUCAUAUGUUUCGUCAGGACAAUAUUACAACUUGUUACUCUAUAGUCCGUAGAAAGACUAGUACUUUACCAAUAUUUUAAAAUAUUAUUGCCUAGCGGUAGUAUGAAAAAAAUUU